AUGGAGCAAACUUAAAAUAAUUUAGAUAAAGGAUCAAAGUGUACUUGUAAUUGUGAAUGCAAUUCUGUAAAAGCCAAGAAAUCUUAAAAUAAUUAAUACUUUGAUUAGCAGCGAGAAGUUGCUGCUGUUGCUUCAGGAUUUCCAGUUACAGCCUCAUCAGAAUAUAAUCCAGAUCACUCUAUUCACAGAUGUAUGAUAAAUUAAAGUAGAGUAAGGUAAGGGGCUGCUGCUUGGUAAGCAGGUUUUAAUGAGAUUGGAUAAUGGAUUUAAGUUUGCUUAAUGACUCCAAGAUAUGUUACUUCUGUUUCAAUCUAAGGACGAUAAAACAAAGAGUAGUGGGUUACUAAAUUUAAGAUCAUGUACUCAGUAGAUGGAGUUUAAUGGUAGUAUCAUGAAAAUGGAAGAGAAUUUGCAGGAAGUGUGGAUUAAUUUACAAUAGUGCAUCAUAAAUUUGAAGAUUUCUUUCUUGCUCGAACAGUUAGAAUACUUCCCACUGAAUGGAAAGAAGAAAUGUCUAUGAAAUUCGAAGUUUAUUUCUUAAGUGAGUGA